GGCCAGGCGGGUUCGCCCACCCAGGACACACACACACAGUCGCCUCCAAAGGACCCGCCGGGAGUCUCUAAGGACCCUCUUUAAGUCCCGGAGUCGCCCCUACCGCCCUCCCCAUAUCCCCGGAGCCCCAGGCGGGGACCCCAGCAUCGGACGUCCCCGCGCCUCCGGGCACCUGGCUCAGCCGGAGUCCCCCGGGUCGGGGCAGGGCCGGGCCGGCGGCGGCGAGCCGGAGCCCGCCCGGCGCCCGGGCCCUGCCGAGCCCUCGGAAGCCGCCCAUGGGGCUCCGGCUGCCCGAUCCCCCGAGCCCGGCCGCGCCCAGCCUGGCGGCUCGAGCCGCGCGCAGGAGGAGCCGGGCGCAGUGACCCGGGAGACCCCGCAGACUCCCGAAAGCGCGGCGGCGGCGGCGGCGGCGGCCGGCGGGGCAGGCGGUUCCUCGCACCUCCAGGCGCUUCCAGGCAGCCCUCCGAGCCGUGCCAGAGGCCCGGCCCGCCAUUCCCAGCCCCGAGCCAUGAUGAAGACCUUGUCCAGCGGCAACUGCGCGCUCAGCGUGCCCGCCAAAAACUCCUACCGCAUGGUGGUGCUGGGCGCCUCGCGGGUGGGCAAGAGCUCCAUCGUCUCCCGCUUCCUCAACGGCCGCUUCGACGACCAGUACACACCCACCAUCGAGGACUUCCACCGCAAAGUCUACAACAUCCGUGGGGACAUGUACCAGCUGGACAUCCUGGACACGUCCGGCAACCACCCCUUCCCCGCCAUGCGCAGGCUCUCCAUCCUUACAGGCGACGUCUUCAUCCUGGUGUUCAGCCUGGAUAACCGGGAGUCCUUCGACGAGGUCAAGCGGCUCCAGAAACAGAUCCUGGAGGUCAAGUCGUGCCUGAAGAACAAGACCAAGGAGGCGGCCGAGCUGCCCAUGGUCAUCUGCGGCAACAAGAACGACCACGGCGAGCUCUGCCGCCAGGUGCCCGCCACCGAGGCCGAGCUGCUGGUGUCGGGCGACGAGAACUGCGCCUACUUCGAGGUGUCGGCCAAGAAGAACACCAACGUGGACGAGAUGUUCUACGUGCUCUUCAGCAUGGCCAAGCUGCCGCACGAGAUGAGCCCGGCCCUGCACCGCAAGAUCUCCGUGCAGUACGGCGACGCCUUCCACCCCAGGCCAUUCUGCAUGCGCCGCGUCAAGGAGAUGGACGCCUACGGCAUGGUGUCACCCUUCGCCCGCCGGCCCAGCGUCAACAGUGACCUCAAGUACAUCAAGGCCAAGGUCCUUCGGGAGGGCCAGGCCCGAGAGCGGGACAAGUGCACCAUCCAGUGAGCAGGAGGGAGGCUGGGGGGGGGGGGGGUGCGCCUUGGGUGGUGCCUUACGGGAUGGCCCCCGAUGUCCCCUGGACAAGACCCCACGGCAGUCGUGUUCAGUGACCUUGGGCACCAGCCUGGAGGACCCCGGCCUCUGACCUUGGACGUUCUCCUGCCUUCCCACUGCUUCCCUCUUCUCCACGGCUCCCCCGUGGUUUCAUCUCCUCCGUGGGGAGAUGGGUCUCUGCGGGGCAGGAAACAAGGUCGGGGGACACCCUGGGCUUAUGCGGGGACCCCCGUCGGAGCUUUCCUGUCCUUGGGAUGCAAGAAACAGCGAUGCCAGAGGGGCCGGGACCCCCGCCUCCAACAGCGCCCCCUGGAACAGUCACAGAUUGAAAACAACGCCCAGAGCCAGAGGGGAGAGGUGGCCGCUCUCCUGGUGUAAGACCCAGCUUGGUUUAGGUGGCGGCUGGGAGACCCCCCCACCCUGAAAAUCUUGCCUUCUGGCUCAGCUGUUUCUCCCCCAGCCCCCCAGCUGUCCCUGACAUGGAGCAGGGGCGUCUGUGUGUCCAAAGGGAGGCCGGCCACAUCUCCCAGACCACGUCCACCUCCUGGACUGCCCUCCUCCACCUCUUUGCCCCGCUUCCUCUCGUCCGCUGGCUGUGCUUUGUGGCUGCAGCUGUUUUCAUGUCAUGCGUAGCGGUAGAAGUGGAUGUUACUGUACUGUGCAAGCCUGGUGACCCCUCGCUGGCUAGGCCCCUACCCAAGUGCAAUACGCGGCCUCCACUGGGGACGGCCCGCGUCCGGAUGGGGUCCCGUGGCCCAUCUGCAGCUGGACAGCUUCACCGUGGACCCCUGCAUGGUGGGGCAGGCAGGCCGGGCCGCGGCUCCUGCCCCCAUUUCACGGAGGGGGAGGCUGAGACUCAGAGGGGAAGUGACGAGCGCCAGCCCUGGCGCCCUCGAGUGCCAGGCUGUCCUCCACUGUGCUCGUUCCUCAGACAUUUAUGGAGCACCUGCUGGGUGCAGGGCCCACCGUGUGCUGGGAAGCAAAGAAGGUGAGCAGUGCACUUUCCGCCCCCCAGGCCAGGGCGCUCCCCGGCCCGGCCUCUGUCCCUUCACCGGCCCAGCCCUGCUGUCCACUGCCUUCUGCACACCAGCUGUUGGGAGGCGUGGAGGAGCAGCUGGGAGCCUGAGCUGAGCCCGGGAGAGGCAGGUGAUAAAAGCUCCCGGUGGGUCUUUUCCCUUGUACCUGGGAGUGGACGUGCUGGACGCCAGGCGUGGCAGGAUCUGAACCUGUAGACCAAAAACUCUUGUCAUCAGCUCUUAAACACGUUUUGUAUCUUAAUCUCUUUGAAAAUAUUGACGUUUAGGGCUGCAAAGAGCCUUGGAGAUCAUCUAGUGAAUCAUUCUGAGGCCCAGAGAUGGGGAGGAGCUUGCCUCAGGUCACACAGCAAGUCUCUGAGUGGCAGAAGCAGGACCAGGUCUGGGCCUUCAGCACACACUGUGAUGGGCCCCUCUCCUGAGGCUGCCUCAGCCCCUGGGGCCUUCAGAGAUUUGAGGCGUCUUCUCCUGACCCUCUCCCUGAGUCUGUCUGGGAGGGCUCCUGGGGAUUCUGUGUACAUUGUGCCCAUGUACAUACAUGUACGCACGUGAACACACACAUAUACACGUGCUCCGGCCCCAGCUCUGCACCCCCUACACCCCAAGGCAGCAGCUCUGACCCUGCUUCUGUGUCCCCGCCCGGCCCCUGCCUGACCCUUCGAAGCGGACCAGGUACCUUGGCCAGGACAGGUGUGUGGCCUGGUCUCACCCAGUCACGCGCUCCCUGCCUCAGAUCUCUGUGUACACUACCGAUUAAAGUGGGUUCGUUUCUAAGCUGUGUCCUUGACCAUGUGUAUUUUCUGCAUUUCCAAGAGGAGGUGCACCUCUUCCCCCACUGAAGCUGGCCUCUCCCGCCCCGGACUGCACUGCCCCAGGCCCUCGCCCUGCGCGUCCACGCUGAGGCAGUCUUCAAGCUUCAGUAGGUGGGGGCGGGGGCACCCAGGAUGGGAGGUUGUGCCCUUUAUUGGGCCCUGGCCCCUCUGGGCCGCCCAGGGUUAUGUGUGUUGAGUUGUCUGUGUCCCUCUGGAGGGGUGGCCAGGUCAGACAGGAGUGGGCCCCCUGGACUGUCAGCCUUUUGGGGUUCCCCCUUGGACCGUUAGCCCUUUGGGGUCACCAUAUGUGUGAGUUCUGUGUGGCUCCUGUGGAGUGUUGAUUUUUUUCCCCUGGGACAUUUGGCAAUGUCUGCAAACAUUCUUGAUUGUCAAGAUUUGGGGGCUGCUACUAGCCUCUGCUGGGUAGAGGCCAGGGAUGCUGCUGAACCCCCUCCAGAGCCCAGGAGAGCCCCACGAUAAGGAGUGGUCUGGCCCAAAUGUCACGAGUGGGCAGCCUCACUUGGGCUGUUGACCCUCAAGGUGGGGACAUGGCUCACGUCUGUGUACGGUUGAUACGACGUACAGCUUUCUGGACAGUAUUUAAUAAACACUGCACAGGC